CUGGUGCGGGCUAUGUCUGCCAGGAUGACUUCCCUCUCCAGUUCAGACGAGCUGAUUUUUUUUGUGAAUGGGAGAAAGGUGGUGGAGAAGAGGCCUGACCCCGAGGUAACCCUGCUCUCCUACUUGCGAGGAGCCCUCCAUCUCACAGGCACGAAAUUCGCCUGCGGAGAGGGCGGCUGCGGAGCCUGCACUGUCAUGGUGUCCAGGUACAAUGCCACGAGCCAGAAGAUCCGCCACUACCCGGCGACCGCGUGCCUGGUGCCGCUCUGCUCGCUGCAUGGGGCAGCUGUCACCACGGUGGAAGGCGUGGGCAGCAUCAGGACCAGGGUGCACCCUGUGCAGGAGAGGCUGGCCAAGUGCCACGGCACGCAGUGCGGGUUCUGCAGCCCUGGCAUGGUGAUGUCCAUAUACACGCUGCUGCGCAACCACCCAGAGCCGACGCUGGAGCAAGUCACCGAGGCCCUCGGAGGCAACCUGUGCCGCUGCACUGGAUACCGACCGAUUGUUGAAAGCGGAGGGACUUUCUGUGCGGAGCCCACUGUCUGCCGCAUGAAGGGGUCUGGGAAGUGCUGCCUGGAGGAGCAGGAGGAGAGCAGCUCUGUACGUGCCCAGGAGAAGGUGUGUACCAAGCUGUAUGACAAGGACGAGUUCCAGCCGCUGGACCCCUCCCAGGAGCCCAUCUUCCCGCCAGAGCUGAUCAGGAUGGCCGAAGACCCCAACAAGCGGAGGCUGACGUUCCAGGGGGCGAGGACCACCUGGCUCGCCCCUGUGACCUUGCCGGACCUCCUGGAGCUGAGAGCUGCCUUCCCCCAUGCCCCACUCAUCAUGGGGAACACAACCGUGGGACCCAACAUUAAAUUUAAAGGCGACUUCCACCCAGUUUUCAUCUGCGCACUUGGGGUUUCGGAGCUCUACUUGCUGAAUUCCGAGGAUGACGGGGUGACCGUGGGUGCAGGACACAGCCUGGCCCAGCUGAGCGACACACUGCAGUCCAUUGUUUCUAAGCAACCGACCGAGAAGACAGAGACCUGCAGAGCCCUGCUGAAGCACCUGCGGACGUUGGCCGGGCCCUCGAUCCGGAACCUGGCUACCUUAGGAGGACAUGUGGCAACCCGGGCUACCAUUUCUGAUCUGAAUCCCAUCCUUGCAGCAGGAAAGGCGACGCUGCAGCUGAUAUCCAAGGAAGGGCCGCGGCAGAUCCCUCUGGACGGCGCCUUUCUCGAGAAGUCCCCGGGCGCCGGCCUGAAGCCUGGAGAGCUCGUGCUAUCCGUCUCCAUCCCCUACUCCACUCAGUGGCAAUUCGUGUCAGGGCUCCGGCAGGCCCAGCGGCAGGAGAACUCCAUGGCCAUCGUCAACGCCGGCAUGAGCGUGCGAUUCGAGCCCGGCACCAGCACCAUCCGAGAGCUGCAGGUGCUCUAUGGCGGUGUUGGCCCCACCGUGGUCUCUGCAAGCCGCACCUGUGCGCAGCUGGUUGGCAGGCCAUGGGAAGACCAGAUGCUGAGCGAGGCCUGCCAGGGGGUCCUGGACGAGGUCCACCUAGCCCCUGGGGCCAAGGGUGGCCAGGUGGAGUUCCGGCGCACGCUGCUGCUCAGCCUGCUCUUCAAGUUCUACCUGCGGGUGCGGCAAGGGUUGAGCAGAUUGGAUCCACAGAAGUUUCCGGACAUCCCAGAAGAGUACACAAGCGCGCUGGAAGAUUUCCCCAUAGCCACGCCCCAAGGGGUUCAGAUGUUCCAGUGUGUGGACCCCCACCAGCCCCCACAAGACCCAGUCGGGCACCCCGUCAUGCACCAGGCAGCCCUCAAGCACACCACAGGGGAAGCAGUGUUCGUGGACGACAUGCCCCCUGUGGGCCAGGAGCUCUUCCUCGCCGUGGUCACCAGCCCCAGGGCUCAUGCCAAGAUCAUAUCCAUCAACACUGCAGAAGCCCUGGCACUCCCAGGAGUGGUUUCAGUGAUAACAGCAGAGGAUGUUCCAGGCGAAAACAACCACAAAGGAGAGAUUUUGUACGCCCAGAGUGAGGUGAUCUGCGUGGGUCAGAUCGUGUGCACCGUGGCUGCUGACACCUACGCUCAUGCCAGAGAGGCAGCCAAGAAAGUGAAGAUCGAGUAUGAGGACCUGGAGCCCAGGAUCAUCACGAUCGAGCAAGCCCUAGAGCACAAUUCGUUUCUUUCUCCUGAGAGGAAAAUUGAGCAAGGAAAUGUGGACCAAGCCUUUAAACACGUGGACCAGAUCAUUGAAGGUGAGGUGCAUGUGGAGGGCCAGGAGCACUUCUACAUGGAGACGCAGACCGUCCUGGCCAUUCCGAGGGAGGAGGACAAGGAGAUGGUGCUGCACCUGGGCACCCAGUUUCCCACCCACGUGCAGGAGUUCGUGGCUGCAGCUCUAGAUGUCCCGAGGAACAGGGUCGCCUGCCACAUGCGGAGGGCUGGAGGAGCCUUUGGGGGCAAGGUGACCAAGCCCGCACUGCUGGGAGCCGUAGCCGCUGUAGCUGCCAACAAAACUGGCCGCCCCAUCCGGCUAGUCCUGGAGCGUGGAGAGGACAUGCUGAUUACUGCUGGUCGCCACCCACUCCUUGGAAAAUACAAGGUUGGGUUCAUGAAGAACGGGCUGAUCAAAGCUUCGGAUGUCCAGUUCUACAUCAAUGGUGGCUGCACUCCAGAUGAGUCCCAGCUGGUGCUGGAGUUCAUAGUGCUGAAAUCGGAAAACGCGUAUCACAUCCCUAACUUCCGGUGCCGGGGAAGAGCUUGCAGAACAAACCUACCAUCCAACACGGCCUUCCGGGGCUUCGGCUUCCCUCAGGCCACCGUGGUGGUGGAAGCUUACAUGACUGCAGUGGCCUCUCACUGUGGCCUGCUCCCCGAAGAGGUGAGAGAAAUAAACAUGUACAAGAGGUUGAGCCAGACGGCCUACAAGCAGACGUUCCACCCCGAGGCCCUGCGCAGGUGCUGGAAGGAGUGUCUGGAGCAGGCGUCCUUCCCCGCGCGGAAGCGGGCUGCUGAGGACUUCAACAGGCAGAGCCGCUGGAGGAAGAGGGGGAUCGCUGCGGUGCCCAUGAAGUACACCAUCGGCUUCCCCGUCGCCUACUACCACCAGGCAGCAGCUCUGGUCCACAUCUACCUGGACGGCUCAGUCUUGCUGACUCAUGGCGGCUGUGAACUGGGACAAGGCCUUCACACCAAAAUGCUCCAGGUGGCCAGCCGGGAGCUGGGCAUCCCCACGUCCUACAUCCACCUCUCAGAAACCAGCACCGUGACAGUGCCCAACGCCAUCUUCACUGCGGGCUCCAUGAGCGCAGACAUCAGUGGGAAGGCCGUGCAGAAUGCCUGCCAAAUCCUGAUCGCCCGUCUUCAGCCUGUCAUCAGGAGAAACCCUAAUGGGAAGUGGGAAGAGUGGAUCAAAAAGGCCUUUGAGGAAUCCAUCAGCCUCUCAGCCACCGGGUAUUUCAGAGGCUACCAGACCAACAUGGACUGGGACAAGGAGCAGGGGCACGCGUUCCCCUACUACGUGUAUGGAGCAGCCUGUGCCGAGGUGGACAUCGACUGCCUCUCGGGGGCCCACAAGCUUCUGAGGGCAGAUAUCUUCAUGGAUGCGGCCUUCAGCAUCAACCCCGCCGUGGACAUUGGGCAGAUCGAGGGGGCCUUUGUCCAGGGAAUGGGGCUGUACACCACAGAAGAGCUGAAGUACUCCCCAGAAGGUGUGCUGCGUUCCCGCGGCACGAAUGACUACAAAAUCCCCACAGUCACGGAGAUACCAGAGACUUUCCGCAUCACCCUGCUGCACUCUCAAAACCCCAUAGCCAUUUACUCCUCCAAGGGCCUGGGUGAGGCUGGGAUGUUCCUCGGCUCCUCAGUGCUGCUGGCCAUCUGGGAUGCAGUGGCCGCCGCUCGCCAGGAGAGGAGGCCGCACGAGACGGCUGCCCUGUCCCCACGCAGCCCAGCCACCCCCGAGUGGAUCCGGAUGGCAUGUGUGGACCAGUUCACCGACAUGAUUCCCAGAGAUGACCCUUCGACAUUUACGCCUUGGUCCAUCUGUGUGUCUUAAUUCUGUGUUUUCUGGAAAUAAGGAUACAAAGUUGACCUCAAAGUCUCAAGCCAGAACAGACAGGCGGAUGACUGGCAAAGAUAAUGUUAGCAGUUGUCAAUGAUUCCCUGUGGUUUAAGUCGCUGCAUAUUCCCCACAAGCUGUGGUAAGCUGGAA